GUCAUACAACAACACGGAAAUGAUACAGUCAUGCUGGUGCCGCUUUGUUUAUAAGAAACAUUCACACUUAGUUAAUCGUGCACUAGUUAAAACUACAGAUAGCUAUAUAUAAAUAAAUGAUGUGCUAUCUGUUGAUUAAGCGUGCCAGUGAGUAACAUAGCUGCUGCUUUAUUAAGAAAGAAGAAAGCGGCUGUAUGUUGUGUGUUUGUUGCUGUUAUGGAUCAAUAUUCAUUGGUGAAAGUCAUUGGCGGGGGAUCUUUUGGUCGAGCUUUGUUGGUUCAACGAGUAAACCAUGAGGAGAAAUAUGUAAUAAAGGAAAUACGACUUCCAAAGACUGAAUCUGCUAUGAGGAAGAGCAGAAGAGAAGCUGUGCUCCUGUCCAAAAUUAAGCAUCCAAAUAUUGUGGCCUUCGUAGACUCCUUUGAAGCUGAUGGUCAUUUAUAUAUUGUAAUGGAGUUCUGCAGUGGUGGAGAUCUUCUUCAAAGAAUACAACAGCAAAAGAAUGAGCUGUUUUCUGAAAACAUGAUCCUGAAGUGGUUUGCACAGAUGUGUCUCGCCACUAAAUACAUUCACGACAAGAGAGUCCUUCACAGGGAUUUAAAAUCAAAGAACAUUUUCUUGACGGAUGAAGGAAUAGUAAAGGUUGGAGAUUUUGGUUCAGCUUGCACUCUUAACAGUGCAAAAGCAUAUGCUCAGACAUAUGUUGGUACCCCAUACUAUGUGUCACCAGAGAUAUGGGACAACAAACCUUACAAUAAUAAAAGUGAUGUCUGGUCUCUUGGCUGUGUCUUGUAUGAACUUUGCACUCUCCAGCACCCGUUUCAGGCACAGAGUUGGAAGAGUUUGAUUCUGAAGGUGUGUCGGGGGGCGUACGCACCUUUACCCAGUCAAUUCCCAUAUGAGCUGCACUACCUCAUCAAACAAAUGUUCAAGAUAAACCCCAGAGACAGACCAUCUGUACACACCAUACUCAACUCUCACCGCAUCUCACGCCUGCUGCAUAAACACUUGACACCAGAGAGUAAAGAGCUGCUGAAAGAACGAGCGUGCUGUUGGAAGAAAGAGGAGGGAGAGGAAGUGGCCAGACUGUUAGGACAAAAGAGUUUAUUGACUUCAUCUACCAAUGAAGGACCGUCCUGCGCCGAGAGUAACAGCAUCGACCCGACGUCUCGUAAGAGGUGGACAGUGGGAUCUUGUAAUACAGUACUGGGCGUCUUAGGAAAUGCUGAUAUUAUUUCCUCUGGUAGGAUGGCAGAUACAGAAGGGUCUCAUCCCAACUCAGAGGAAAUAAAGGAGAGGAGAGCGAGGAAACAGUGGGAUAAAGAUCAAGCAGAACGAGUCUUGAGCGUCCUGGAGAAAGUUCAGCUUUGCUCCGCCUUUGAGACCUACACUAUACACAGACACGGUUCUGAUUAUUUGGGGGGUCCUUUAAACUCUGAUCAGGGAGACAAUGUUGAUGGUCCUGAGGAGAUCAUCACAGACAACAGCAGACUGGAGUCACGCUCGGAUGAUGAUGACACGGAUUUUGAAGAGGACUGUCAGUACGACUGGAUCAAUGAACUUGAGAAAAUGGUGGACGAUCACUAGCAAAUAUUUUAGGAUUUGUAUUGUAAGGUAAUCACGUACACUUUUCAUGUAAAUAUAGUAUUUUAUUUGAUGAGGUUUUUUUUAAUAAGCUUGUAUAGUUCAACAUUAAUCAUGAUAUUGGAUAAAAUUUGCAUAAACAAAAAUUUAAAAUACAUUCACUACUGAAAACCAAAUUGUUUGCUGUAGUUUAUAGGUACACAUAAGGGAAGGACUUUACUUGCAAUCCAACAUGUUGGGUUUUGUCUGUAAACAUUUGUUUAGCAAAAGAUGUGUGUUUAACAACAGAAAUGAAUCAUAGUCUCUAGUCACUAUUGUGUAAUAUUACAGAAUACAACGUGAACCUAAACAACUUGAACUGAAGCAUUUUAUUACAUUAUUAUUUAAUUUUAAAUUAUUUAACUGAUUUGAUGGUGCUGGUACUACUGUCUUACAAAACCUACUUUGAAGUAUGAAGAUACUUAGAAGACUUGUGUAUUAAAUAAGGCUAAGAUAUGGCACGAUAGGCCACAGCUGGUACACAAAACGUAGCAGAAUUUUUAAUACGUAUUAUGUUAUGUAGUAUGCCUAAAAUAUGAUUUUUAACUUUCUGGGUGAAAAUGAUGUAUGCUCAGAGACAGAAGUGAAUUUUUAGAUGCAUUAUAAUUUAUAAUUUAGCUGAUGCUCUGUAUAAUAAAUACAUUAAAAAACAAAUAGAUUAUCUUCA